AUGUCUGAAGAGGUUUCAUCCUCCAUCUGCAAAAGAACUGUUGUGAGCACCAAAAUUGUGCAGCCUGGAAAAUUCUGCCCUUUAACAGUUCUCGAUCGAGUAAUGGAGAACAACUUUGUUCGCAUUGUUUUCUAUUACAGGCAAUUUGGUAAAGAUUAUAUGAAGCUGAAUGAAUCCAUAGCUGAAACCUUGAAUGCAUAUACAAUUAUAAUGGGAAGGCUGCUGAGGUCCCCAGGAGAGCAGUGGUUGAUCAAAUGCAACGAUGCAGGGCUGAGAGUGAUAGAGGCGAAGGCCAAAGGGAGUGUGGAUGAAUGGCUGCACAAUGUGGAUAGGGACAAGGAGCUUAAGCUUGUGCAUUGGGAGCCUAUGUAUUCCGAGUCAUAUUUUUGGUCCCCUUUUUAUGUUCAGAUAACAGAGUUUGAAGAAGGCGGAGUAUCCAUUGGCCUGAGCUGCACGCACCUCCUUGCAGAUCCCACAAGUGCCACAAUGUUCAUCAAAGCAUGGGCGGACAUGACCUUCACCGGAAAAAUGAUCUCUCCGCCGCAUUUCCACCCCUUGCCACCGCGAAGACCGUUCAAUCACAACCCCUACCACAACCAUAUUUACAGCACUCACUUGAUCAACCACUACAAAAAGCCCACCACAGACAAACCGCCAUCUCAAACCUCGUCCGACAGGCCGACAACCAUCACUCUCCUCUUCACAGACGAAAUGGUGAGAGCGUGCAUGUCAAUGGCGCAAACACCAGACGCGUUUGAUGCGCUGGCUGGGCUGUUCUGGACACGUAUCAGCACGGCCAAAAAUGUUGGGUUAAUGGACUUGACUGUCGGAUUGGAUGUCAGAAAAGUGCUGGGCUUGGACAAAGGCUUCUAUGGAAAUUGCAUGGUUUAUAAUAAGGUAAUUAAUAUGAUAUUAGGAGAUGAUUUGUUAAGCCAAGCUGCUAAUGCUAUAAGGAAUAUGAUAAAGGAAAUGGAUAAGGAGGGGAUCAUGGACUUGAUCGAAUGGUUGGACCAAAACAAUUGCCGUGCUUCCAAUGUUUUGGACGGCUGUGAUUCACUGGUUUGUGUUAAUCUAGAGGGUGUAGACCCAUAUUCAGCUUGCUUUGGGGACAACAUUGACCCGGUUCAUGUGUCGUAUUACGUUGAACCGGAGAUUGGACCGGGUACUAGACUUUUGAUCCUUCCAUCGCCGCCGGGAACCGGAGCGUUGAGCCGGACUGUUAUGGUUACAUUGCCGGAGAAUGAAACUGUGAAGCUCAUGGAAGAUCAACUUAUCCACCAACUUUCUCCAUGCAUAAAGAUGGGAGUCUAA